UUGUAUUACGUAGUGUUGUCACUAAACAGUCGCCUAACUUCCGGCAGUGGCUUCCCUACGCGUUGAGAGUCUACAUGCAGGAAGUCUCAGAUUUGUGAGGUUUGAGAUCUGCAAAUGCUACAAACUGCCUCGUUAAAUGACAGCAAAUAAUUAUCGACGAAAUGUCUCAAGGUGCUGAAGAUCAGAACGCGCACACGAACGAACGAGAUGCCCUACUUGACAAAUCUCACGGGUCGGAGCCCGCUGAGUUGGUCAUUUUUCUUCGUGACAGAGCCGGGAUUUACUUUCAUCUCGAAGACGGUCUUCAAGCUCGCGCAGAGGAGCUUGUGGAACUGGUGAUACGAGAGCAGGGACUCCCACAUGAAGCUAAGGAUGUGUUUUCAUUGUGGUUUGUGUCUUCAAUACUAGAGUUGAGGCUAAAAAGUCAUCAUCAACCAUUCCAGAUCGUCAAUAAGUGGGACCAGCUUUGCGCAUUGUAUACAGAUGCCAAAUAUAAUGAUAUAAGAGAGAGCGAACCGGUCCUUAUGUUUCAGCGAGAUGUCUUCUGUCCUCGAGAGCAGGAGUUAUUUGUUACCAAUGAGCAAAUGCUGUGUUUGCUGUACCAUGAAGCCAAAUUCAAUGUCAUUGAAGGCCGCUAUGUGCUGUACAUUGAGGAUUAUCAUCGACUUGCAGGUUUGCAGGCACUUAUCCACAUGGGUAAGUUUUCAGCACAAACGCAUGUCCGAACAGAAUACCAGACAAAUUUAAUGCAGUUCUACCCAGAACACAUGUACACAAAGGAUCGAUUCCUGUUCUUUGGCAAGACAAAGUCUCCUGCAAAAGACUGUGAAGAGUUGUUUAUGGAAGCACAUCGCAAGGUGUCUGAAGAGUAUGCAGAUCUGGAUGUAGACAAAUCUUUGUCCAUCUUGUAUCGUAAGUAUCUUGAAAUUUGCUGGUCCUACCCCUUCUAUGGAUCAGCAUUUUUUUCAGGUCGAAUAGAGACACCCAGCUCUCGUCUCAAGAAGCUGAUUCUGCCACCUCCAGACACAGAAGUUUGGGUAGCAAUCAACACAGACUGUGUCACUGUGAUUAAUCGAACUCGCUGUGAACUUCUUCUCUCCAUUCCCUUCUCACAGUUGUCUUGGGAAUACAAGGACCCCGACUUUGAUGGAGACAACGACCCACCACCUUGUCUCUUCUUGCAGUUUCUUGUCGAUGAGUUGAGAAGUGGGUCUGAGAGAGAGGAUGCAGAGAAUGGAGCAGCAGCCACAGCCAUGGGCACAGCUGAACCAGUCACAAAGCUUCUGAAGGUUUACUCACGAGAAGCCAAGCUCAUGGAUGCUCUGAUUGAAACCUGCGUGCGGAGAAAGCGCCAGCAACUUCAGGGCAGCCCUGGUGUUGAUUUUGUUGAUGGGGGGCUGUUUGACAACUCCAGCCGAAAAAUUCUAAACAAACUAGAUCAGCUGUGCCUCUCUACUUACUCAAAAGAUGGUGAGAAUUUGGACUGAGGGUGAGGUCAUGUUCUCCAUGACAAAUGACUGAUAAAUUCAUCUGGACACAUCUGAUCCAGUUACUACCUUAGAUCUUGAGCACUUGAUGAAGCUGGCUAUUAUGAUUGUUAAAAAUUUAAUAGUGCAUAUUUUACUUGGGAGCAUUGAUGAAAGCAAAAGGGAUACUGUGGGAAAAUUGGAAGCAAGAAAGUGAUCGGCUUUACAAUGUCCUAUAAAAUAUUACAGAACUUGAAUUUUAGUAGAAAACAUUUCCAUGCCCAUAUCAGGAUGGACAAAUAUUUAUAUUGUACUACUUUGCAACUUUACUAGAACUAUGGAAAACUUUAUGACAGAAAAAUAAUGUAAAUGCCCUAUUGACAUCAUUAAAGAAGUAUCAGCAGAUAUUUCCAAAUUACAGUGGCCUUUGUUAUUUUGAUCUUAUUUUUGUCAUUUGAUGUUUUAUAUGGCCUUUUUUUUUUAGCUCUUGGCAAUAUCACAUCAUGUAAUUGUUUCUGUUAUUUGCAAAUACAAUGAUUUUUUUUUUCCUUCAGUGAUUUGGAGUUCCAUUAUAGCUUGUGUGUUUUCUUACAUGUAAUUUUUUUCUUGCAUACAAGUGUGAGAAGAGCACAUGAUGGCUGUUGUUGUGUCGUGUUGCAUUUGCCAGUAAUGCUUUCUUCAUCUAAUAUUUACCUUCUAACACUUUUUAAAAAGAGGCAGAUCUUUUCAGUAAACUACAUUUCUUCUUGUCUCAAGCACCAUCCAAAGUUGCAAGUUUAAUUAAACACUAAAUUACAAUUUCUUGCAUCUUGUUUUAUGCCAAAGACAAGUUAACUAUAUUUUGAAGAUGGUUUACAGUAUUAAUCCUGGUUUUUUUUUAUGAGAAAUGUUGCUCUAAAUGUUGAUGCUAUGCAGUUAGUUUUUUCAGACCUGACAGUUUACCUCAUCAUUAAUACUUUUAUGUACUAUUUUGAUGAGAGCUGUAGUGAUCAGAAGGAAGGUCUGUCUGACUCCUAUAUAAUUAUAUGAAACCAGCCUGCUAGAUAGUCUCUUUUAAUCUAAGAAUAACUUUUACUUCUGUACAGAAAAAGAGGAGAAAACAUUUUUUGAAGUAGAUGGAAGAAGGGAAAUAACAAAGAGGAAUAAAGGAUGGGGAGAGAACACAAGAAGAGAGUAGUGUAAAAACAUUUUUUUUUUUCUAAAAUAUGUAAAAAAAACCCUCAAUGUUAUUGAUCAGCUUUUAGAGGCACCGCUUAGUUUACCUUAAAUAUAUGUGUACACAUUUUUGUUUGUCAUGUUCCUGCUUUCAGGUUAAAAAAAAAUCAAGUACUGUAUUACAUGAUUUAUGUCAUUAUAAAAUUCACUUUUGUAAAGGAGCAGUGGGGAGAAAACCAAGAGCAGCACAGGUUAAAAAAUGGAGGGUAACAUACAAUUAAGACAUAAAAAGUGUGUAGCACUAUUAGCACUGCAGCAGACUUUCAAUGUGCCAUAUUCCUUUCACAAAGCACUAAUACCUUCACAAAUUUGCCUAUGCCACCAAACCACUUUUAUAUCCCAUCCAACCCUUUACACACUUUCUUUUCAUAAUAAACGUCCAUGCUCUCUUAUGCUACUACUAUAGUUUACUAUAUUACAAUCCAUAAAAUUUGAUCGGUUAUGAAUGGCAGACUACAAAUUACUAGACCUAUCCAACCAAAUGACAAUUGCCAGCCAUUUAUGUCCCCUCUAAAAUGAUUUUAAUCAGAUUGUCGUAAUGAAAUUUAAAAAAAAAAGAACCUAAACAUCCAUAUUUCAGAAAUGUAGUUUCAAAAUGGUAUAUACUUCUACAAAACUGUGAUAAAAUAUUUGAUGCAUUUUUGUUAAUUUAUUAUUAUCAAUUACUUUAGAUCAUUAAUGCUUACUGAGGUACAUAGCAUUUAAGUUUUUAGAAUAGGGCAUUUUUUAUAAUUCAAGUUUUUGUACAGAAAAGGCAAGAAUAAAAUCAAACUUUUUUGCAGGAAAAAUCUGCAAGAAAUCAAUGUGUGUAUGUACUUAUAUAAUAAAGAUAUUUGAAAUCUACUAAAAGCUUAUGAUAUGGUGUACACUUUGUUAAAAUAAACAUUUUUAAAGGAA